AUGUGUGACCAUAAUAGUGGAGGAAGUAGUGGCCACUGCUGUCAUUCUCACAAAAGUGAUGAGUCUUCAUUAUUCAGUCUGUACAAGUUUAUUGAUGUGCAGAAUGUAGAGUGUCUAAACGAAUCUGUUUCUGGAAGCGGCAAACUUGUUUUCAAACCAUAUGAGGACCGUAAAGAUUCAAGUGUUUAUGUCGAAAGUGAUGCUGAUCAGGAAUUACUUUUCAACAUUCCUUUCACCGGAAAUGUAAAAUUAAUGAGUAUUAUCAUAGCCGGUGAAGAUACAGAACAGCAUCCAAGUCGAGUAUCGUUGUUUAAAAAUAAACCAUUCAUGACUUUUGAAGAUUCAGAUUGUUCAACAAAGUUAUCGUAG